GAGGCGGCGGAGAGACCGGGGCCGGGCCAGGCCAGCCGCCGCCGGGAUGGAAAUGGAGGUGGAGGCCGUGGGGGACGAGAAGGCCGGGCCCGCGGCAGGCGAGAAGCGGGGAUCCGCCGACCCCCCGGGGGCCGCUCCCGCCGGCGGCGGCCAUUACGAGCUGCCCUGGGUGGAAAAAUACAGACCCAUGAAACUAUGUGAAAUAGUUGGAAAUGAAGAUACAGUGAGCAGGUUGGAGGUCUUCGCAAAAGAGGGGAACGUACCAAAUAUUAUAAUUGCUGGUCCCCCAGGAACAGGUAAAACCACCAGUAUCCUCUGCUUGGCGCGUGCUCUGCUUGGUCCUGCAUUAAAGGAUGCUGUUUUGGAGCUGAAUGCCUCAAAUGACAGAGGCAUUGAUGUUGUGAGAAACAAAAUCAAAAUGUUUGCCCAGCAAAAGGUCACACUUCCAAAAGGUCGGCAUAAAAUAAUCAUCCUUGAUGAAGCAGACAGCAUGACAGAUGGAGCACAGCAAGCAUUGAGAAGAACAAUGGAAAUUUAUUCCAAAACAACACGCUUCGCACUUGCGUGCAAUGCCUCUGACAAAAUCAUAGAACCUAUUCAAUCACGAUGUGCAGUGCUGCGUUACACCAAGCUGACAGAUUCACAAAUCCUUGCAAGGCUACUGAAAAUUGUUGAGAAAGAGAAUGUACCAUAUACAGAUGAUGGACUAGAAGCCAUUAUCUUCACAGCCCAAGGAGAUAUGAGACAGGCAUUAAACAACUUACAGUCCACAUAUUCUGGAUUUGGCUUUAUAAACAGUGAAAAUGUCUUUAAGGUAUGUGACGAGCCUCAUCCUCUGCUUGUGAAAGAAAUGAUACAGCACUGCAUAAAUGCAAAUAUUGAUGAAGCAUACAAGAUUCUUGCCCACCUGUGGCGACUUGGAUACUCUCCAGAAGAUGUGAUUGGCAACAUCUUCCGUGUGUGUAAAACCUUUCAAAUGCCAGAAUAUCUGAAACUGGAAUUUAUCAAGGAAAUUGGGUACACUCAUAUGAAGAUAGCAGAAGGUGUGAACUCACUGUUACAAAUGGCUGGACUGCUGGCCAGACUGUGUCAGAAGACCGCCGCCCCGGCAGCAAGUUAGAUGUUUCACUGAGCUGAAGCCUGCUUUCUGGAAGGUGAAGGCCUGGCGUGCAAGGUCAGCAGCCCUGGGUGCGUCCUGAGUUCUGCAUGCAAAGAGCCUGUUCCUUGGUUUUGCUAAAUCACAGAAAAAUAACCAGGUUCUAUUGUAAAAAUGUUUUGUACUUUUUUAUUUAGACCAAUAAAGCUUUAAAAUUUACUUUGAC